UGUCGGAUCCUUGUAGGAAGUGAACGGGAGAAGCUCUGGAGCUGCUGCCGUCGUUCACCUCGCCUCUGCACCGGCGGACGUCCCGAUCUCUACCGGACCCCAUCAACACAACAUGUCACGAAUAUAACAACCGGGAGCACUUUCCAGCAGCGAGGAGCGGAUCCGCGCUCAUCUCCCCCGGGGCUGAGGUUUGACCACUCCACUGUGACUUCAGGCUUUCGGAACGAGUCGUUAUAGGAGGCCAACUUUCCACUAACAAUAUCUGUUGGCAAUAAGAGAAAAAUUAAGAGCAAUCAUGAGCGCUCACGAGUCAGACGUGCACACCAUCUCUCCGGAGCUGCCGGCCAUGUUUGACGGCAUGAAGCUGGCAGCGGUGGCCACGGUGCUCUACGUCGUCGUCCGCUGCUUGAACCUCAAAAGCCCCACCGCGCCCCCCGACCUCACCUACCAGGACACGCCCCUCAACCGCUUCCUUCUGAAGUCCUGUUCUCAGCUGACCAAAGAGUACAUUCCUCCCUUAUUAUGGGGCAAGAGUGGCCACCUCCAGACAGCACUGUAUGGUAAACUUGGCCGGGUGAGCUCCCCGAACCCCAGUGGAAUCAGGAAGUACUUGCCGAUGCAGGAUGGGGCCACGGCGACCUUUGACCUCUUUGAGCCACUGGGGGACCAUCGAACAGGAGAUGACAUCACCAUGGUGAUAUGCCCUGGCAUUGGCAACCACAGUGAGAAGCAUUACAUCCGAACGUUUGUGGAUCACGCCCAGAAGGACGGUUACCGCUGUGCUGUGCUGAACCACCUGGGAGCUCUUCCCAACAUCGAGCUCACCUCCCCACGAAUGUUCACUUACGGGUGCACAUGGGAGUUUGCAGCCAUGGUCGGUUACAUUAAGAGGACGUAUCCUCAGACGCAGCUGAUGAUGGUCGGCUUCAGUCUGGGUGGGAACAUUGUCUGUAAGUUCCUGGGCGAGAACAGGACGAACCAGGAGCGCGUGCUGUGUUGCGUCAGCGUGUCUCAGGGGUACAGUGCUCUCAGGGCCCAGGAAACAUUCCUCCAGUGGGAUCAGUUCAGACGCUUCUAUAACUUCCUCAUGGCCGACAACAUGAAGAAAAUCAUUCUCUCCCACAGACACAGUCUGUUUGGAGGAAACUCAGUUAAAGUGAUUGAUGCAGAUCUUAGUCGGCUGUACACAGCGACUUCCCUCAUGCAGAUCGACGACAACAUCAUGAGAAAAUUCCACGGCCACAGCUCUCUCAAAGAGUACUACGAGAAGGAGAGUUGUGUUCAUUAUAUUCACAAUGUAAAUGUGCCACUGCUGUUAGUGAACUCUGCAGAUGAUCCCCUGGUCCAUGAAUCACUGCUCACUAUCCCUCGCACACUAGCAGCGAAGAAGUCGAACGUGAUCUUUGCCCUGACAUUGCACGGAGGCCACCUGGGCUUCUUCGAGGGCGCGGUGCUUUUCCCCCAGCCCCUCACCUGGAUGGACAAAGUGAUUGUGGGUUACGCCAACUCCAUGUGCCAGUGGGAGAAACAGAAACCGCCAUGCCAAAGCGGGCCCCUGACUGAGAGGUCCUGCGCGCAGGAAAAAGCCUAAACCCUCCGGCCUGUACGUCUCUCACCCUCUCUUUCUGUCCCCUCUCACCCCUCUCACUCCCCUCACCCCCUCCAGCACCAUUGUCCCUGCACUGAGGAGACACCUGAACUGAACCUUAAACUGCUCUCUCUUCUCUGCCUUCUCCUCCGGGUGCUACUCACCGCUACUGACCCACACAUGUCAAGCCUUCACCACAACCCCCCCCCCCCUCCCCCGCCCUUUCUAGUCACCAUCACCUUACAGUAUGUCAAGGGACAGAAACAAUUAACUGCCUUUGUGCUCGUUUUCGUUGCGAGACCUUUUGACAUUUUUCGUUUCUUUACACGCACACAGCAACGAUCCUUGGCGAGCGGAGGCGUUGACCAAAUAGACGCUGGCAUUAGAAGGAACACGAGAACAACCCUUUGAGUUGUCCAGUGACAAACAAGAGCACACGAGAAGCCUCCUUUUUAAACCUAAAUCAAGACUGUGCUGCAGACGGUGUCCGUUUCCUGCACCUUUCUAAGAAGCUCACUGCUAAUCACCGCCAAGGCCGCAUAGCCUAGUCCGCUGUCUUAACCAACACAGCGUCUUUCUAGUAUGUUUGUGACCCACAGAUGUAGUUUAUAUAUCUGUGUGUGCCUGUGCAGACCGAGAGUGGAAGACAGAGCAUGUGAUCCUUGUGUUUUGGUUGGUUCAAAUUCUCCGUUCUUUGUUCUUCUGGGUGAACUGUUGCUCCAUGGUUGGUAGGAAAUGUUCAGUAGAGAAGUGUUCAAGAGGGAUUUUACACUUUACAUCCUCCUGGCAUCAGACAUGACCGGGGAUCAGCCCUAGAUGGGACUCAUACACAUUCCCUCGGUCGCAUUCUAUCGUUUUGAUUCAAUGCACUUUAAACCCUGUAUGACACAAUCUUUUCUUUUCCCGUUUCUUUUCGUUUUUUUUAACCCUUUAUAGGUUUCAUAGGUUUGAGAAGAGGAACUGGUAGGAGCGAGGAUGAUAACAAGAAGUUAGAUGACUCAAAUGUUCCCUGUGUUCUCUUCCGUCGGCGUCUCUGAGCCCUCUUACUUUUCCGUCUGCCUAUGAUCAGCUCCAGGAUCCUGCAGAAACUCUGAAACCGUUUUCUUACUGCACAGACGAGAACCUGCUGCCCCUGCACACAGAGGCUAGUACCCGACCCGAAGUUUCAAAAUGCUGUCUACCUAUUAGUCAUUCUGUUGCUAUUGAUGGGAGAGCUCAGCAGCAUGAAGCAGACCUUAAGAUUAUUAUAAUCUGAGCUGUGAGGUGUGAUGAGCAGGAGGGCUGAGGAUGCCAAACGAAACCAAAUAGUAUAAUUUAGAUGGAGAAACCUGAAUCCAAGAAAGAACAGACAGAUUCUACAGAUUUAACGACUUUAAGCUUUUCCUAUUUUCUUGGCUGAGCAUUAAAGCCACAGCGACACAGCAGCGUGGACCGCUGCAAUUUACACUAACUAAUCACAACUCUGUUUCGAUCACAUCUGGAUGAGACCUGUGGACUUUUCAGAACCUGAACCUGACCGAGAGCUUCUCUCAAACCUUGUAAGGGCCCAGGAAGUCCAGCCAAACAAAUCUGUAUCUAAACACUGGUGAGACCAUUGGGCAACAAAGGAACGUGCAGGGAUUGACAAGCGUGCAUCUUAGACCUUUUUAGACCAAAGAUUAUGUUUUAGUACGAUCUGCCAUGUUCUGGUGUUUAUUCCAGUUUAAGGGAAUUUUGGCAAAUCUAGGCAAAUUCAUGUAGCUGCACACUGUCAAUCAUAGAGGAGUGCAGAAUAUCUGAAACAAUCAAAUUAAAAGUUUUUAAUUUGUUGUUAAUACUCAAAGACGAGAAAAUAACAACUGAAUAUUAGUCAUGCCGAGCAUCAGAGUUCAAUAUUGGAAGCUUACUUUUUCAACGGAAUAGAAAUAUUGCUGUAAUAGUAAAUAUCAUCAUGACUGAAAUCGCUGGAACUUUUUGGACUUUCACAGAGUUUUUUUUUUCUCUGAUAAUAUCCAGACAUUUCUGUCAGUGAUGACAAUAUUGAACUGUGGAUUCACUGAUCCACUCUGAAUUUCGGCCUGAUCUUAUUUUAUCCACAUCUAGAAUCUGCACACCGUCCCUGUGUGGCACUGUAAGGUUAGAACGAGACCAGGGAUUGCUCUGAUCAGGACUGAAUUCACGACACUGAAAGUGUGAAGACACUGAGUUGUAUAACAACAGACUUUAUUUAACUAUAUUUAUUAUGGACGAUGAGGGACAUCACAGAGGAGAGUGUGUCAGUGUCUCUCUGAGCCGUCGGCCAUUUUUUUUCUUUCAUCGUCCAAAACCACAGAUCGCUGUUGCCCUCGGAUGUCGGGGAGACCAAACUACAACUGCCAGUCAUUAAUGGCGCACAUCCUCUCAUUCCCCCUCACCGAGGUUAUUCUGGUCACGGUCCACAGCUCUCCUUUCAAAACAACAUCAAACAGUCCUGUGGGGGUUUUCUGUCCUGGCCACACCAGGCACAAACUCUGUUAUCUGUGUUCUUUCUAAGUUUCUCCCCUCCACCCUAUUUUUUGCACAGUAAUACAGGUUUAGAUGUUUUAUUUGAAUGUGUUAUUUUUUUGCUAGUUGGAUCAUUUUGUGUAUUUCUUUGUUUUGUAUUUUGUAUUGUUAUUAUGGCAUUUUGUGUUGUGCACAUGCAUCAGAGUGGGAGUGCUGAUGGGUGAACUUGCAGUAAGUGUAUACUGUGUCAUGUCACCACCUCUGAUUUGACAAAAACCAAAACUUCUUCACUUUAAAAAAAAGGAAAAAAAUAAAUAUAUAAAGAUAGAAUAUAUAGAAUUAUUUGAGGGACCAGGGAUGACAACUAAAGGCAAUAACCGCCCGGGACCGAUUCUCUUUUCUUAUUAAUACUAAUGUGACGGGGAAAUAGUGUCAAAGUUUAUUAGACCAAAACAUGUCACAUAGUUUUUCUCAUGGAUGUGGAAUCUGACAUGUUUUUGCUGUGUUGUUAUGAACAUGUGCUCCUCUGUAUUUAUCCUAACCCCAGUGUUCAGGCAAUCCUUAUCUCAACAUUGUGGGCUUGUUAGGAAGUGAAAUAUAAAAACGUCUCGAGUGACUUAAAAUGGCGAUGAAUCCAAAAAUACACCUUGGAUCGAGGGGGGGGGGGGGCGUCACUGAGUGUUUGUUUUUCCCCUGAAAUAAUCUUGAGCCUCAGUAAACGGACGCGAGCCCACAACACGUGAACCCACAGUUAUCAUUAUACAGCUUUAAUUUAGUGUUGACAUUUUGAUGCUGACGGUGAAACGGACGAGGCGACAACUAGAGGGAGCACACAGUCACACAACAUAACUCUGAUAUCCAAGCCUGGGUGUUUUUGUGGAAGAAAGCCAGUGGUGUGUGUGUGUGAUCUAAUUACGAGAGAAAAUAUGGUUAUUGUGUUCCAAAAUAAAUUAUUUUCUCAAAAGAAAAA